UCCUAACUCCACCCCCAGCGUUACGUACGUCCUACUGUCUGAUUCGGCCAGCCUGACAGGAAGAGACUGGGCGCUGCUGCGUCUUGUGAAGCGCUGUCAUGGUAGCGGCCUGGGAAUUAUGGAUGUUUGUCAGGCAGCGGUUACGGAUGGGGACCUUGCGGGAGAUGUGCAGGCAGUACCCACUGUCCUGCUUCGUAUUACUCUUCCUUAUGCUAGCCACCAUCCUGCUGAAAAGAUAUAUCCAUGUUCUUAUGAUCUUCUGGUCAUUUCUUGCUGGCAUUGUUACAUUCUACUGCUUACUGGGUCCUGAAUCCCUUCUUCCAAAUAUACUGUUUAACAUAAAGUACAAGCCAAAGCAGCUGGAACUGCAAGAGCUUUUUCCGCAAGGUCACAGUUGUGCUGUGUGUGGUAAAGUUAAGUGCAAAAGGCACAGGCCUACCCUUCAGCUGGAAAACUACCAGCCAUGGUUGAAUCUGAAGGUGCCUUCAAAGGUUGAUGCAUCUCUGUCAGAGGUAUUUGAAUUAGUACUUGAAAACUUUGUUUAUCCUUGGUAUCGUGAUAUUACUGAAGAUGAAUCUUUUGUAGAUGAAAUGAGAUUGUCACUGCGCUUCUUUGCAUCUGUGCUUGUUCGAAGAAUACAGAAGGUGGAUAUCCCAUCUGUUAUUACACAAAAAUUGUUGAAAGCUGCUAUGAAGCAUAUUGAAAUAAUUGCAAAAGCGAGGCAAAAAGUGAAAAACUCAGAGUAUCUGCAGCAGGCUGCCUUAGAGGAAUAUGGGCCAGAUCUUCAUGUUGCCUUAAGAAGCAGGAGAGAUGAGCUGUUGUACCUCAGAAAGCUUACAGAGCUUCUCUUCCCUUUUAUUUUACCUCCAAAAUCAACUGAUAGCAGACCUCUGACUUUGUUGCUAAGAGAAAUUCUAUCCGGUUCUGUGUUCCUGCCAUCUAUGGACUUCCUUGCUGACCCAGAUACUGUGAACAAAUUACUUCUCAUUUUUAUGGAUGAUAGUCCUCCUGAACAAGCAACUGAGCCUACUUCAAGCUUGAUCCCCUUUCUUCAAAAAUUUGCAGAGCCUAGAAACAAGAAUCCAUCAGUUCUUAAAAUGGAACUGCAGGAAAUCAGAAAAGAGCAAGAUCUCUUAUUCCGCUUUAUGAAUUUUCUGAAGCAAGAGGGAGCAGUACAUGUAUUGCAGUUUUGCCUUACAGUAGAGGAAUUUAAUGACAAGAUCUUAAGACCAGAGAUAAGUGAUGACGAACUGCAGGCACUUCAUAAAGAGGUGCUGAAAAUCUACAAGACUUAUUGCCUGGAAGAAAGCAUUGAUAAAAUACGUUUUGAUCCUUUCAUUGUGGAAGAAAUUAAAAAAAUUGCUGAAGGCCCAUAUAAAGAAGUAGUGAAACUACAAACCAUGUGUUGCCUUUUUGAAGCCUAUGAACAUGUACUUUCCCUUUUGGAGAACGUUUUUACCCCAAUGUUUUGCCACAGUGAUGAGUAUUUUAGACAACUACUGGAAGGUGCAGAGUCUCCUACACGUGGCUCAAAAUUUAACAGAAAUAGCCUGAGUUUGGAUGAUAUCCGGAGCACCCAAAAAAAAGGCGAACCAUCUGGCAUUGGUAAAAUAGGCCAUAAAAUUAAAGGAGUAUUUAAAAGUACGACGAUGGAAGGUGCAAUGCUUCCCAACUAUGGAAUGGUGGAAGGUGAGGAGGAUUUGAUUGAGGAAGCCAUCAUGGUACUAGAGGAUGACUCUCCAGUGGAAGCUAUGAGUGCAAGUACACCCAACACACCACGUAAUCUAUCAGCCUGGAAAAUUAGUAUCCCAUAUGUGGACUUUUUUGAAGAUACUAACUUUGAAAAGAAGGACAGAAAAGAGCGAAUCCCUGUGUUCUGUAUUGAUGUGGAAAGAAAUGACAGAAAAGCAGUUGGUCAUGAACCUGAACACUGGUCGGUUUACAGAAAAUAUAUUGAGUUUUAUGUUCUUGAGUCCAAGCUCACUGAAUUCCAUGGUACCUUUCCUGAUGCACAACUUCCAUCAAAAAGAAUAAUUGGACCAAAAAAUUAUGAAUUUUUAAUGUCAAAACGAGAAGAAUUUCAGGAAUAUCUACAGAAUCUUUUGCAGCAUCCUGAACUUAGUAACAGUCAAUUACUGGCAGAUUUCUUAUCCCCUAAUAGCUUGGAAACUCAGUUUCAUGACAAAAUUCUACCAGAUGUCAACUUGGGAAAAAUGAUCAAGUCAGUUCCAGGAAAGCUUAUUAAAGAGAAGGGACAACAUCUGGAGCUGUUUAUAAUGAAUUUCAUAAACUCAUGUGAAUCACCCAAACCCAAACCUAGUAGGCCUGAACUGACUAUUCUAAGCCCCACUUCAGAAAACAAUAAAAAGCUUUUUAAUGAUCUGUACAAGAAUAAUUCUAAUCGCUCUGAAAAUAUAGAACGGAAACACAACCAAAAUUACUUUAUGGAAGUGAUGACCAUAGAGGGUGCCUAUGACUAUCUAAUGUAUGUAGGGCGUGUUGUUUUUCACAUUCCUGAUUGGUUUCAUCAUCUUUUGAUGGGUGGACGAAUCCUCUUCAAACAUACCCUUGAGACCUACACAAAUAGCUAUUUGAACUAUAAAUUAGAACAACUUUUUCAAGAGCAUCGAUUAGUUUCAUUGAUUACACUGCUUAGAGAUGCUAUAUUCUGUGAAACCACUGAACCACGAUCAUUACAGCUGAAGCAGCAAAGGGCAAAGUUUACAUUUGAAGAAAUGAUGCGCUAUAUUCCAGAUUUAAUUGGGAAGUGUAUUGGUGACGAAGCCAAAUACGAAGGCAUCCGACUUCUGUUUGAUGGACUGCAGCAACCUGUGCUAAACAAACAACUUCUUCUUCUCUUAUGUUGCUGGCAUAGAUUAAAACAGCAACCAGGACAUGUAAAAUCUGUGGUACUCUCCAUAAGGUCCUUGACACCCAGCACAAUAUAUUUUACCAUGGACAGCAGUUGCUGCCCAGAAAGUGAGCAUUAUCCAGGGCAGACAAUCCACCCCCGUACUCUGGACUGACUGGCUGCUGGAUUGUGUCCCAGAAACAACCUUCUGGAAUGCUUCUGUCAAGCAAUAUUGGAUUUCCGAAAGAAUGCACCACAGUUCCUUGUUCAUCAAACGUAAUAUUUAAGUAUCCAAGAUAUUUUCCAAAAGCAUAUGCUUGAACAACUGGUACAGAACGGCCAUCAUCAGACAUGACGCUGAAAGGAUAUUCACCAACUGGGACGUCAUUGGAAGGUGGAGGACCUGCCAAUAAACAUGAUGUAUUUAACAUUGGUCAAACAAAAAACGAUAUGCAUGUACAGACUUCAAAUAUGUCAACAUAAUAACUGUAAAUCUGUACAAAAUAUGCACUCCAAGAUACAACUUAUUAUUGAUGACUAAGCGCAAAUAUAUAAUUAUCACUAAGAGUACAUGUUUCCAUUAGUAGGUACAAUGCCGGUAUAUCCAAUGUUCCAAUCUGGCCAGCAGUUAGUAAAAGUAUAUGUUUCCAUUAGUUUCUACCCUAAACUAACUGUAAAGAUAGGUGUAGAGACCCACAGGGUUAAUUGUCCCUGUGGCUUUAAAUGUUAGUUUCAAUGUUAUUGGCUCAUAAGUUAGUUACCACUUUCUGUCACACUUCAAUAAAGUGAUUGGAAAGGGGUAGCACUUCCUCUUUGGCUUACCAUCCUCUCUCCAGGUGUCUAGGAAGCCUGUAGUGUUGUGCGGGCCAGACCGCAACCCAUGGUAAACCUGUGAGUUGGGCGGAAGCGGGGCUUAUUUAAGUCAUGGGAACAGAUGCUGUAAACAAGGUUUAGCCAUUUACAAGACUAGCAAUUGCCAGGAGUACAUUCUAGGAACUUUAGGUAGUUAGGCAAGCUAGAAAGAGCAGUUUUGUGCUCCAACAAAGAUUUGAUUCCAGAGGUAGAUCUCUCUCAGCAAUACUGGCCUAUAGUAAAGAGACCGCAGUACUGAAGAGGGCUUUAGGCUGUUUGUGCUUCACACCCUGAACCAUUUCUGCUGUCUGGGAUCUGGACCACUACUGCUGAGUAUUCCAAAGGUGUAUAUUAAAACUUACUAAGCUGGCUCCACAGGGAUGUCAGGGAACCCUGCUCUAUGUAUGACUGUAUCUAAUAUCAACUACAAUUCUACCUCAUUUGCUUUGUAUUAACUCGAUGGAGUGUCUCUGUUGUUUGUUUGCAAGAACCUCUGGUGUCCAUUUUAAUUUUGAUGCCCUUGCGCAACACCAAGUCCCUUACUCCCUUCCCUACCCGAGCUGGGUAAGAAAGUCCAAUGUGACACAUGUUCUACCAUCACUAGCCGGGACAAGGCCUUAUUUAGCUAAGAUAGAGUUACAGAGGUAUGGAAUCUGUUAUCCAGAAACCU